CUAGCCAUAUGGAAUUGCCAUUUUUUGAUAAAAUGGUCAAACAUUGACAGUUUCAUAUAGGUCAGCCUCAUUUUUUUUGUUGUCACAUUGAAAAGUCUUACAAAGGUGGAAUAGUGUGUUUCAAUGAAAUGUUGGCUGAACCGCUUCAUUUAUGGAGGAAAUAGUGUACUCACUGUGUUAAGUAGAUUAACUUAACCUUCUUAACAGUCCUGGGAAUAGGUGGGUCCUAGCAUUUCCCUCUUUUUAGGAUUGCAGAGCGGUGAUGGAGCUGGCCCACGCUCCCAGCGUCCUACCCCCACCAGUCCAGUCACAAAGCUGUGCUGUUCUCAGCACUUCUUGGCCCCACCUUUCUGAUCACACUUGUGAAAAUCCUGGCAAGUGAUACAGCGUGGCUGUCUUUGACAUCACAGGAAAAAGAACUUAAUUUUCCUCUAAGAAUGAAUGAAUUCUUCCACAGUACAAGAGUUUUUGAGUUUUAAAGGUACCUUGUAAUUCCUACCUUACUGCCUUGGAGGGUGCACACUAUCACUUUUUUUUUCAUAAGUACUAAAUACUCCUGUAGUCUUUGGACUUGGGAGCUUUGAGGGUAAAGAUAGAGACUCGUUGGGCUUAGUAACGAAAGUGUAGAUGGCUCUUGCCAUGGAAAAGGAGGGUGAGUAUUACUUCCUGGCACCCAUUACAACCUUGAAAUGCUGUGGCUGUCCAGUAAACCCUACCUCUCCUCUUGUGUUGCUCAACUCUGAGAUGGAAGGGAGGGAAGUGAAUCCUCCCAUGAGGGAGUUUUAUUUAGAAAUUACUCAUCAGCCUCUUACUUGCUGAAUCCCUUGUUGAUAGUGGUGGAGUAAGGCUAGGGGCUUGGGGACCAGGCCCUUGGGAGUUUAUGAAUUAGUCAGGAGCAAUGAUGCCCUUUGGGCCACCUGUUUCUAGGACAGCUGACCUGGCAUGGAGACACAUACAUGACUGUCCUGUCAGGUCAGGCUCCACCUUUCAGGUGUAUUUGAACAUCAGUUUCACUUUAACAUCCACUGAAUAGAGCCAUAAAGCUUACCCGUCGCUUCCCAGGGACUUUUUCUCUUUUUUUCCUUAGCCUCAGAGAUGAGCCCUUGUAGUACAAAGAGAUCCUGUUGUAGCAUCUCAAGUACUGUCACAGGAGGAAAAGCCAGGUAAAUAGUGACUGCGAAGACCUAUGUGACUUCCUACUCAGACUGAGUCAAAAGAAAGGCUGGGCUGUUGGAGACUUGACUGCAAAUGAAUAACACCAAUGGUCCUGGUUUCAUCCUCUGAUGGAUGGAGGGAGGGAAGGGUCAGAAAUGUAUUUUGUAACUAUUUUUUUUCAACACCUUCCCAGUCUUGUGCUUUUAGGUUUUGGUCAAAGUGAAUGGGAGAUUGGAAACCAGUUCCCUUAGUUUAUGGGUCAUGCCUAAGGAUGUCAGGUCUAUGUGCUUGGGGGUCAUAGAGGGCAAAGCCUCUCAAUUCUAGGGGGAGUAGCACAAUCCCAUGUCUAGGAUUAGAUUGGUCCUCUAGUAAGUUGAUUUAUAAGUUCCAGUCUUCUGUGUCCUUGGGAACAAUGGAUGCUCCUCCUCUGUUGAACACCUGUGAGGUUUCAGUUUCUGACUAAGGAAAGUAAAUGAAUGAAAUAUACCCUCACCCUUCAGUAUGGUCUGGCAGGUCACUUACAACACAAAGCAAGCUAAGGUUGUGAUCUGUGUGCUUCAUAUAGUUCUGUGGAGGCAUAGAGAACGGAGUGAGUGUGCUUGGGAAAGUCAGGAGGACUUCACAAGGAAGGCGAGGCAUUUGACUUGAGCUGUCAGUCUUUAAGUCAAUAGAUGGGAAAGUUCUCCACGAAAACUGAGGAGUGCAGAGCCUUGGAAACAGUCAGGGUUGAGGGCAUUUGCGUGGCUCCACAACCUGAGAUCCCUACCCAUUUCGCUUUGUAACCAGCAUGCCAACUCCCCUGCACAGUUGGUUGUUUUUCUUUGUCAUUCUGUGGUCUCAUCAUGAGGACUCAGCAUAACUACUGUUUGUGUGAUUCCAGGUGUGCCCAGUGAGAAAACUAUCCAGCACUUUGCUACUUGGCUUCUCAGUGUGGUGGUGUCCCUCUUUUACUUCCCCCUUCUCACAGCAGUGAGAAGUUCUAAGCUCUUAGAACAUUAAAAAGCAGCUUCCUAUGUUGUCUUUAUGUCAUCUGUUGAGCAGCUUUCUGAGUACCAGAGCUGUAGGACACUGGGGAGGUGCCCCUGGGGAUCCUAGUGACUUUGCUUACUAACCUUCCUCACUGCCCCAGUGGUGACCAGGAACAGGGGCUGCUUUUUUUUCCCUUCUGUCUGUGUGUUUUCCGCUUAGGAUGCCCCAUCUCCUCCUGGGUGUUGGUCAGUAUUUGUCUUUCCUGAAGCUUAGUUCUAAUGGUGUUUGAAUCACAUUCUGCCAGUGCUCUAACUCCAAGCGUGGACCUGAGUUAGGCCCUUGGCUGAUGUCUUGUUAGUGUUUCAGUAUUUGUUGAGGAUAUUCAUGUUUAUAUAGUAAUUAUGCACUCUGUAGUGCCUGAAACUCCAAAGACCAAAGCAGGUUUGAAUGAUUCAAAGUUAGUCGCUUGAGUAUGAAACAUAGUGAGUCUAAAGGCAAACCAGGGAUUCUUUGAAAGCAAAGGCUGUCUGUAGAACAGCAACUUUUUUCUUCUUUUUUCUUUUAGACAGGGUCUCCUUAUGUAGCUAAGACUAGACUGGAACUCGCUAUGUAGCCUGGGUGGCUCAUACUCACCAUCCUCCUGCCCUCAGCUUCUUGAGUGCUGGGAUUACAGGUCCCUUGAGGUGAAUCAUGGCCCUGCAGUUGUGUGGAAAGGAAAGGCAUCCAUCCAGUGGAUUCUUAGGACUCUGGCAAAGGAGCCAGCACCAGCACCUUGCCCACAUCACUGAGGGAGGCUGCAGGCUGGAGCUCUGAAUGGAUUUUGAAAAGUAAAGAAGAAAAACCAGUCUGCUUUUUGUGGGAAGUUGGACAGCGGAAUAAAUGCAGUAUCUAAAUAUAAAAGAGGACUGCAAUGCCAUGGCUUUCUGUGCUAAAAUGCGGAGCUCCAAGAAAACUGAGGUGAAUCAGGUGGUCCCUGAGCCAGGAGUGGAAGUGACAUUCUAUCUGUUGGACAGGGAGCCCCUCCGACUGGGCAGUGGAGAAUACACAGCAGAGGAGCUAUGCAUCAGGGCUGCGCAGGAUGCUGUAUCUCUCCCCUAUGCCACAACCUCUUUGCCCUGUACAAUGAAAACACCAAGCUCUGGUAUGCUCCAAACCACAUCAUCACUGUUGAUGACAAGAUGUCACUCCGGCUCCACUACCGGAUGAGAUUCUACUUUACCAACUGGCAUGGGACUAAUGAUAACGAGCAGUCUGUGUGGCGACAUUCUCCAAAGAAGCAGAAAAAUGGCUAUGAGAAGAAAAAGGUUCCAGAUGCAACCCCUCUCCUUGAUGCCAGCUCUCUGGAGUAUCUGUUUGCUCAGGGACAGUAUGAUUUGAUCAAAUGCCUAGCUCCCAUUCGGGACCCCAAGACUGAGCAGGAUGGUCAUGAUAUUGAGAAUGAAUGCCUGGGAAUGGCUGUCUUGGCCAUCUCCCACUAUGCCAUGAUAAAGAAGAUGCAGUUGCCGGAACUUCCCAAGGACAUCAGCUAUAAGCGAUAUAUUCCAGAAACAUUGAAUAAAUCCAUCAGACAGAGAAACCUUCUCACCAGGAUGCGAAUAAAUAAUGUUUUCAAGGAUUUCUUAAAGGAAUUUAAUAAUAAGACCAUUUGUGACAGUAGUGUAUCUACACAUGAUCUGAAGGUGAAAUACCUGGCCACCUUGGAAACUUUGACAAAACAUUACGGGGCUGAGAUAUUUGAGACUUCCAUGUUACUGAUUUCAUCAGAAAAUGAAAUGAAUUGGUUUCAUUCGAAUGACAGUGGUAAUGUUCUCUACUAUGAAGUGAUGGUGACCGGAAAUCUUGGAAUUCAGUGGCGGCAAAAAACAAACGCUGUUCCUGUUGAAAAGGAAAAAAAUAAACUGAAGCGGAAAAAGCUGGAAAAUAAACACAAGAAGGAUGAUGAGAAAAACAAAGCCCGGGAAGAGUGGAACAAUUUUUCAUACUUCCCUGAAAUCACUCACAUUGUAAUAAAAGAGUCCGUAGUCAGCAUUAACAAGCAGGACAACAAAAAAAUGGAACUGAAGCUCUCUUCCCAUGAGGAGGCCUUGUCCUUUGUGUCCCUGAUAGACGGCUAUUUCCGGCUCACAGCAGAUGCCCACCAUUACCUCUGCACUGACGUGGCUCCCCCACUGAUCGUCCACAACAUACAGAAUGGCUGUCAUGGUCCAAUCUGCACAGAAUAUGCUAUCAAUAAGCUGCGGCAAGAAGGGAGUGAAGAGGGGAUGUACGUGCUUAGGUGGAGCUGCACUGACUUUGACAACAUCCUCAUGACUGUCACCUGCUUUGAAAAAUCUGAGGUGCUGGGUGGCCAGAAGCAAUUCAAGAACUUUCAGAUUGAGGUUCAAAAGGGCAGCUACCGACUGCAUGGCUCGGACUGCAGCUUUCCCAGCUUGGGAGAACUCAUGAGCCACCUCAAGAAGCAGAUCCUGCGCACAGACAACAUCAGCUUUGUGCUGAAACGCUGCUGCCAGCCUAAGCCCCGAGAAAUCUCCAAUCUGCUUGUGGCCACUAAGAAAGCCCAGGAAUGGCAGCCUGUCUACCCCAUGAGCCAGUUGAGCUUUGAUCGGAUCCUCAAGAAGGACAUUGUGCAAGGAGAACACCUUGGCAGAGGCACGAGAACACACAUCUACUCUGGGACACUGGUGGAUUACAAGGAUGAUGAAGGAACUGCUGAAGAGAAGAGAAUAAAAGUGAUCCUCAAAGUCUUAGACCCCAGCCACAGGGACAUUUCUUUGGCCUUCUUUGAGGCAGCCAGCAUGAUGAGACAGGUCUCCCACAAACACAUUGUGUACCUUUAUGGUGUUUGUGUCCGAGACGUGGAGAAUAUCAUGGUGGAAGAGUUUGUGGAGGGAGGACCCUUGGAUAUCUUCAUGCACCGGAAAAGUGAUGUCCUCACUACACCAUGGAAGUUCAAGGUUGCCAAACAGCUGGCCAGUGCCCUGAGUUACUUGGAGGAUAAAGACCUGGUUCAUGGAAAUGUGUGUACUAAAAACCUUCUCCUGGCCCGAGACGGCAUUGACAGCGAGAUAGGCCCAUUCAUCAAACUCAGCGAUCCUGGCAUCCCUGUGUCUGUGCUGUCCAGGCAAGAGUGCAUAGAGCGCAUCCCGUGGAUUGCUCCUGAGUGUGUUGAAGACGCCAAGAACCUGAGUGUGGCUGCGGACAAAUGGAGUUUUGGAACCACACUCUGGGAAAUCUGCUACAAUGGCGAGAUCCCCCUGAAAGACAAGACGCUGAUUGAGAAAGAGAGAUUCUAUGAAAGCCGCUGCAGGCCAGUGACACCAUCCUGCAAGGAACUGGCUGAUCUUAUGACCCGCUGCAUGAACUAUGACCCCAAUCAGAGACCCUUCUUCCGAGCUAUCAUGAGGGACAUUAACAAGCUUGAAGAGCAGAAUCCAGACAUUGUUUCAGAAAAAAAACCAGCAACCGAGGUGGAUCCCACCCAUUUUGAAAAACGCUUCCUGAAGAGGAUCCGUGACUUGGGAGAGGGGCACUUUGGGAAGGUUGAGCUAUGCAGGUAUGACCCUGAGGGGGACAACACAGGGGAGCAGGUAGCCGUCAAAUCCCUGAAGCCUGAGAGUGGAGGUAACCACAUAGCUGAUCUGAAGAAGGAAAUAGAAAUCUUAAGAAACCUCUAUCAUGAAAACAUUGUGAAGUACAAAGGAAUCUGCACAGAAGAUGGAGGAAAUGGUAUCAAGCUCAUCAUGGAAUUUCUGCCUUCUGGAAGCCUGAAGGAAUAUCUUCCAAAGAAUAAAAACAAAAUUAACCUCAAACAGCAGCUAAAAUAUGCCGUUCAGAUUUGUAAGGGAAUGGACUAUUUGGGUUCUCGGCAGUAUGUUCACCGGGACCUAGCAGCAAGAAAUGUGCUUGUCGAAAGUGAACACCAAGUGAAAAUUGGAGACUUUGGCUUAACCAAAGCAAUUGAAACUGACAAGGAGUACUACACAGUCAAGGACGACCGGGACAGCCCUGUGUUUUGGUACGCUCCAGAAUGUUUAAUACAGUGUAAAUUUUAUAUUGCCUCUGACGUUUGGUCUUUUGGCGUGACCCUGCAUGAACUGCUUACUUACUGUGAUUCAGAUUCAAGCCCAAUGGCUUUGUUCCUAAAAAUGAUUGGCCCAACUCAUGGCCAGAUGACAGUAACACGACUUGUGAAUGCAUUGAAAGAAGGAAAACGCCUGCCAUGUCCACGCAACUGUCCCGAUGAGGUUUAUCAACUUAUGAGAAAAUGCUGGGAACUCCAACCAUCUAAUCGGACAACCUUUCAGAACCUUAUUGAAGGAUUUGAAGCACUUUUAAAAUAAGAAGCAUGAGAAACUGUUAAAUCCCACUGUUUAUCAAGUUAUCCUUCCUCAACGAAUACCCAAGCCAUUUAAAAAAAUUAUGGAGUUUGUUUUUUUCUAAAAAAGUCACUUAGCAAAUCCUUGAGUACAUACACAUGUAUCAGGCACACUGGUGCUUAACGUGUAUGAAACUUCCUCUUUAAAUCUGGCUACUCUUAAAUUUAGUGAUAAAUAAUGACAGCCAAAAUACUAAAAGCACUUAAGCGCUCCUCCUUUUGGCAAGACUGUACCACCAUUUCAUCAAGCUCAUUUACAGUCGUAAUUGCAUAACAAAAUAAGAGAAACUGACCCCAGUAAUGUCUGGAUGGUUGCUCUUCCCAGCUGCCAGAUGAUCGCAAGUGUUUUUCUGGCACACUUAUCUUAGCUAAAAAUUGGUGGACUUAGCUGAUAUUCACUCAUGUCAAUGUCUAUACCCCGAAUUCUUAACAUAUUAGAUACCAGUUAGUCUGCUAUUAUUUCUAGUCAAAAGUGAGUGUACUCUGUCACCAGUAGGACUAAAACUUCAAGCAACUAGUCCAGUGACUCAGCCGCUAUUCCUUGGCUGACCAUGGCAGCCACUGUUGAACAAACUGGUUCUUCACAGGGGACAGUAAUGAGAUAGACACCCUGAUGCAUGUCACUUCUUGAGUACUGAGUCUGUGCCAGUGCUUUCCUAGGCAGUCUCACCAGACGGGACCCCCCCCUCUCCUGCACCCCCCAGAGCCUGGAUGCUACCACAUGUGCUUUCAAGGACCGUCAAUGCAUACCCCUUUAUAACUACCACUUUGGGGCAAGCUGUUCUAGCUUUGGGUUUGGAUGCUGUCUGCAAACAAUAUAUGCCAUAUGUUGCACUGUUCUUAGAGUGUUUCAAUGCUUACCACCGUCUACAUGGGUCGAUCACUGUUUUGACCGCCAGCUUGUGGUGCAAAACUUGAGAAAAUACCCUGAGGCACUCUGGAAUUCAGGCUCCACUAGACCGUAUUCAGAUUGCUUGGAAGAAGCUGGGUAAUCAAAAAUGGUUAGUUUCUGCCUGACAUGGUGGCACACUCUUGUAAUCCUAGCACUCAGGAGGCUAAGGCAGGAGGAUUAAGAAUUUGAGGCCAGCCUGGGCUGCAUAGUGAGUUCCAGGCCAUCCUUGGCUACAUAGCAAGACCCCGUCUCAAACAGAAACAAACAAAAGAACAAGAUAAAAUGUUUAGUCUCUGAUUGAUCAUGAACCAUAAGGUUGUUUUGACUAAGAAUCUGAAAAACUUUGUUUAUGCUAUCUAGUACUUAUCUGGUAUCUUUUCACCUUUUGAGCCCUCCAAAAGAGUUCAGGGUUGCUUAAUGGCAACAGUAAACUUGUCAUGUAAAUUCAUUCAGUAGCCCUAUAUCCCCAAAGUCCCAAACCUGUGGUCAUCUAUAUGCACUUUGUUUACUCUU